UCAUGCUGCUGCCAGGUCCAGAGUGUGUCAUGGGUCCCUGUACGGCCUCCCAUUGCUGCUGUCUCCAUCGCCACACUCUGCCAUGUGCCACUUUCAGGUCUCCUCACACUGCUGGUGGGUUCCAUUUUGUCAUAGGGUGCUGGCAGAUUACGGGCCUCCCAUUGCUGCUGCCAGGCCCGUAAUCUGCCAUGGGCCCCCGUACCGACUCCUCAUGCUGCUGCCAGGUCCAGAGUGUGUCAUGGGUCCCUGUACGGCCUCCCAUUGCUGCUGUCUCCAUCGCCACACUCUGCCAUGUGCCACUUUCAGGUCUCCUCACACUGCUGGUGGGUUCCAUUUUGUC